UGCAGAUAUUGCUCCUCACAAUCUUGACUUUAUCCGUUCGCAAGUCGCAAGCCGUCAAGACGAUUUUUGAAGAGAAGCGGGACCCGACUGAAGCUAGCGUGAUUUGCUCUUCGCCAAAGGAGGCAGGCUUCAACAGCGCUGCAUUUCGCCUGAAGAGGAAGAUGGAGCGACUAUCAAUGACGUCCCUUGCCAACAUCAAACAAGCAGGAAUGAGGCAGCGCAGGGACAGGAGAUUUGGGGACACCUUUUGGGCCAUCGUGUGUUUCUGCUGUUUCCUUCUGCUCGUCCUCAGCAUUGCCAACGAGCACCACAGCACCGCAGAGGGUUUCCGUCAGACACAGGGCACAGUCAGCACCUUUCUGCAGUCUGUGGACGAGGUAAAUGAUGCUCUCACUUUCUGGUCCUGGCUGGAAGAGACCGCUCUGCAGAGCUUCUACCCGGAGACUUCCUACAAUGGUGACAAGCCACGCUGGGAGGACCAGGUCUUCACAGCUGACAGGCAGACAGUCCUGGUCUACCCACCUAGCCUGAUUCAAGCCCGAGUAAAGCCAGGCCUGUGCACGGUGCCUGUGACAAAUGCAGCACUUGUAUGACGAAUGUUCGACAGCGUAUGAUGAAUACGCCAAGGAGACAGGGGCGUUUGAGAAGGGAUGGGGAAGGGUCAGGAAUACGUCAGCAAUUGAAGCAGCAGCCCCUGGAUGGACCUACCUCCCCAGUGGCUACCCCAGCCUCCCCAUCUACGGUGUGACGACGCACUACUGGGGAGACGGCUUCGGUCUCCACCUGGGAAAAUUUGCAGACGAGAUGCGCAGCAUCCUAGCAGACCUGAAGGCCAACCGUUGGAUCGACAAGCGCACGAGGGUCAUCUUCUUGGAAGCGAUCCUCUACAACAAAAACACAGAUCUUUUCACAUCGUUGACGGUGGUGUUCGAAUUCUCCGAGACGGCCGGAGUUUUCUCUCGUCACCACGUGCAGACAUUUCGACUUCAUCAACGGCCGGGGACAAUCGGAUACAUCUACGUCCUGUUGGAAAUCAUUUACGUCAUCGUUCUCCUCUACUCAUUGUGGAGGGAAGCGAAAACUGUACGCGCAGCCGGCUUGGCCUACCUGACGGGACCAUGGAAUAUUGUCGAAAUCUUCAAUUUCUUCUUGGCAUUCACUGUCAUUACCUUGUAUAGCUUUAAGAGAAUCUACAGCUCGAAAGUCCUGGUGGAGACCAAUGGAGGGAAAGUCCACCACUUCCGAACUGCGGUGAACAUAAGCCAGGUUUACGGUUGGUUCCUGGCCUUCCUGACGUUUGUCAACAUGAUGAAGUUCCUCCAACUGCUGAAGUUCAACCCGUACCUCGCUAAGCUGAUGUCCGUGUUACGGGGGAUGGCGGAAGAGUCUUCUCCUUCAUCUUCCACUUUUUCUUCUGGAUAUCAGCUUUCGGAGUCUACGGAUAUCUCAUGUUCGGCCUUAUUGUGACAGAAUACAGCUCCAUCAGCAAGUCCUUCUCCACAUUGUUCCAGAUGUCUCUGGGACACGUCUAUUACUACCAGCUGCGGGAGGCAUCCCCCAUCCUCGGCCCCAUCUACUUUCUCGCUUUCAUUUGCAUAAUAUUCCUGGUGUUGAUGAACAUCGCCAUGGCGAUCAUCGACACCGCACUCCCCGAUGUGUGGAACCACGUCAUGCCUGAAGAGGACCGGUACUUCAUCCAGGGGUUGUGGGAACGCUUCACGACUUUCUUCGGCUUCUGGGAAGUACCAGACACAGGAGACGACUCCAUGGGCACUCUUCAUGACAGUCUGGUCGAGGUGGAGAUUAAAGUGGAGAAACUGUGGCUAAAGAGACAGUCACUGUUCAACCUCAAGAUGGUUGAUGCGGACCUCCCGACAGAGCCUGAGUUUGUGCCGACUGUCAAAGAGGUCCCCAAUGCUGCAGCAGUGGAACGUCAUGUUCGCCGCCGUGCCAUCCAAGUCCGCCAUGCCUCCCCUAACAUCUGCACAGACAGCGGCAGUCCAGCGAUCCGCUCUGAGAACAAGGUGCCAGUGGUGCUAGCAACCAGGUGCUCUUCAACAGAGGAGGACACUCGGGAAAGCCAAUUAGCCAUCAAAAUGACGUCAAUCGUACCCAAUGAGGUAAAAGAUGACAAGAAGUCAAGUAAGGUUCUUGUUCCUCACACUGAGGCGGAGUGGCCAAUUGCCAAGUUGCGCACUCGUGACAAGGUGGCUCUGAUGUUCGGCGAGAUGCUGACAGACGACCACAUCCAGGCUGCCCAGAUGCUGCUUUGCCGCCAGUACCCGGUACUCCAAGGGCUGGAGGCGCCUGCCGUUGGUCUCUGUGAUGACGGAUUCGCCAAGAUGACAGGAAGGGGGCUACAAAUCCACCAUAACAGCAGUCAGCACUGGGUGCUGUCGUCUUACACAGCUGGACAGGUGCGCCUAUAUGACAGCCUCGGCGUCACCAUCACCCCAUCUCUGCAGAAACAGCUUUACCAGUGCUACGCCGCGUUUGCUGACCAAGCCUCGAACGUCCUGACCGUCAUCGUACCGGACGUGCAGCGUCAGGAGAACGUCUUUGAUUGUGGGCUGUUCGCCAUCGCCUGGGCAGUGGACAUCGCAGAGGGGCAAGACGUGAGCAGGGUUUUGUAUGACGACAGGAAGUUGAGAAGCCAUUUGGUGAUGUGCUUCGGACAAGGAAAACUCACACCGUUUCCACGACUGACCACUCGGAGGAAGCAGGAAGGUCCGUCCAAGGCUCACAGAAUCUGGCUGGUGUGCCACUGUGAGCAGGGAGAGCGUCUGGGAAGGAUGGAAAGGUGCAACAGAUGCCGGAGGAUCUUUCACGUCAGCUGCCUGCUAGUCAGUCCACCCAGGGAUUGCACGUUGACAUGUGGCGACUGUGCUGUGUAAAAUAAAACUGUCUUUACUGCAGUAUUAAAACAACGGUACUGAUUGACAUUCAAAGCCAAGGAUAUAUACUUUGUUAUCCUGAAGGAAGGAGAGAAACAGGAGCAUUGAAGUGUGAAAACAUGUCGUUGUCAUCUCUGGAAAAAGCUGGAGAAAACAUUCCCAUUUAACUCAUUCUUGUUACAUGUUAAAAAUGUCAUGAUCGGAAAGAAAAUAACAGUUAAACGCUGGUUGCAUUUUUAGGGCAAGUAACAUGUUAGCUAUAUUGUCUGAAUUUUUGACGAAUGUUAUCAUAAUAAAAGUUUGUAAUUACAAAUAAGAAGCAAUUUGGGGAAGUUAGACAAUAUAUUAGACAGCCUUAGAACA